GCAGCUCCACCGCCAAAACCCAUAGACCCUUCCACAAUAACAACAUGGUCCGAAGGCCUGCGUUGCGUGACAAAAAUUGCUGCACACAACAGCCAAUUCGUCCCGACCAUCAAACGGAUGAUGCAAGACCAGAAAUCGCACGAGAUGCGUUGGUACUCCGAACGUCAGACUCUCAAACAAAGCCAAAUCAAUCGAGCAACAUCGAGCGCAAAAGCCACGUCUAUCUUGCAGGCAUUGAAUCCCGGGUUCGUAGCGUCACAACAGCAGUCAUCCGGCCAGAGCGAGGCGGACAAGGCUGCAGAACUUGCCGCUUUUGAUCGAAAGAUUUAUGCUGCGCAAGUGGCGAUGGACUCAGUCAUGAGUGCGGAGCUGAAAGGGCUCGGUGUGCCAUUCUUCGGUACGAAUUCCGAUUUGAUCAGGUCGGAGGAUAGAGAUGUUGCUGAAGGUAACCAGCUUGAUGAGCUUCCAAAGUGGAGUAUGGUGAUCACGGAUUCGCAGCUGUUAGAUUUGAGGCGAAGGAUGAUAGGCCAUCUUGAGGAUUUGUAUCGUGAUUGA